AUGGGCGACGACGCAAUUGAAGUGGAUGCCGCCGCCAGGGAAGAGGAGCUCCUGGCCCUGGAAGCCAUAUUUGGUGAAUCAGUCAACGUCUCCAGGGAGGAGUCCCUCGUUGAGGGCGGGAGCCAAGAGGUAGUGCUGCGCGCCUCCCUGCCGUACGACUACCCUAGCUUGUCCUGCCCCGUUGCCGUACUGUACGGUAAUCACCUUUCCGAUGACGUGUUGUCGUGGGCAGUCAAGCAGAUGGAGGCGAUGUUCACCCCCGGUGAGGUGGUGUUGUACAACUGGGUUGAGUGGCUGAGAGAACAACAUGACAUGUUGUGGGCCGUACCCUCUGUACGGCAGCAGGCACAGAAGCAGCAGGGGCAGGAGGGGGAAGGGGGUGGUGGGACUUCCCGGAGGGCGGCCCAGCCCCAGGAGGCGGUUCGGGAGGCCGAGGUGAUGGAGCUGCUGGGGGCCCUUAGAGUCACCAGUGGAGUGCCGUACGUGGAGAAGAAAUCUACCUUUCAGGCUCACGUGGCACCCGUGAGUAGCUUCGAGCAGGUGACGGCGGUUAUGGACGCUCUGUUGUCUGUUAGCAAGAUCCGAGCAGCCACACACAAUAUCAUGGCGUACCGAAUACACACAGUGGGCCCGGGAGGGGGAGCGGGCACCUUCCUGCAGGACUAUGACGAUGAUGGGGAGGCCGCCGCGGGGGGGAGGCUGCUGCACCUCUUGCAGGCUGCUGAUGUCCGCAAUGUGGUGGUGGUGGUAUCCCGCUGGUUCGGCGGCGUGCUGCUGGGCCCGGCCCGGUUCACCGCCAUCAACAACACGGCCCGGGAGUUGCUGGAAACAACAGGGCUGCUAGGGGGAGGAGGGGGCGGGGGGAAAGGGGGGUGUAAAGGGGCCAGGGAUACCGGGCGAGGCUAG